AUGGGAGGAGCCCGAGCCUCGUCAGGUUCGGGCCGGACGUCCAGCCGAGGUAGGGCAAGCGCCGGACCAUUUUCCCCCACCACAAUCGCCCAGGCCAACGCUUCUGGUGCAUACGGAAGUGCUAAAGCUGCUGCCGGAGCUGCAGGUUCGGCAACCAGCUUCGGACACACGAGGAGUCGAAGCCUCGGUGGUGGGCGGCAUCGUUCGUUUGAAGAGGCAACUCCAGUGCUUCCGGCUGUAGCACGGCAAUGGAGAGUGCUUGUAGCAGAGGACAACAAAGUGAACCAGCUGGUGGUAACCCGCAUGCUGAAGAAUCUAGGGCUCCGAUUCGAUGUCGUGGACAACGGGUUGCAAGCUUUGGAAGCUUGUCUUAAGACUAGAUAUGAUUUGGUGCUGAUGGAUUGCCAUAUGCCGGAGAUGGAUGGGUUGGAGGCGACUAGGAGGAUUAGGAAGGCAGAGGCGGAGAGGAGCUGUAGGAGCGAAGGGGAUAGCCGGAGUGAUUGUAGCGAUGGUGAGAGUAAUGAGAGGCGUAGGAGGGAAGGUGGGGGUGCGGAUGCUACUGGUGCAGCAACUGUUGGUGCAGUGACAGCAGGUGAUGGGUUGAGUAAGAGUGGCAGAAGCAACAGGAGCAGUGGUGGUGCGGCUGUUAUGAGGAGGAGUGGCAGCUCUAAGAAGGCAGGGAGUGCUGGCGGACUGAGCAGGCGGAAUAGCGGAAAGGGCAGUGGUCGGUUUAGUGCGGGGGAGAACGGUAAGGAUGGAGGAUUGAGCGAGCAACAGGGGCCGGAGCAGGGGCUGGUGGAGCAGCAGGAGGAGCAGGCAGCGGUGGUGAUAGCGGCGCUGACAGCGAGUGCAUUUGACUUUGAGAGAGAGGCGUGCUUUGCUGCAGGAAUGAACCAUUUCCUCACCAAACCCAUCCGCCCCAAAGACCUGCAGCAGCUGCUGCUCUCCCUCGCCUCUGAGAUAGCCGCCGGAAAUGUAGGUAGCAAAUCGAAGGCGGCUUCAGAGUGCUUCACUGGCUACGAGAAAGGAUCGACUCAUGGCAGACUAGAUCACGUUAAGGUGUUCGGUGCUGGCAUCGAGCCAUCCGUGAAGCUGAACCAGCAACUCUGCUUCAACAUCGCCGCAGAGGAUUCAGCGGGCCGUCGGCUGGACAAGGGCUGUUCGCCGGCGACCACCACUUGGGAGGUGCUCCUUCACUCCGCGGACGGCCGGAUCCGCGUCAGCGCGCCCGUCACGCACGCUGCAGACGAGGGGAACCACGUGUCGUGCUACCGCCUGCUGGAGCCAGGCGAGUACGUGCUCUCCGUGUACCUCACCGGCGUGCAUGCCGCCUCGCUGACGGGCAGCAGGGACGAGGAAAAGGCCUUGAGGCACCUCAAGUUCCAGCUAGUCGGCCAGUACAACGUGUCUGCGCAGCCGUCAGACCCAGUGGCGUACAAGGAGGAGUACGCUCGCCUGCAGGCGGCGCUACCAGGCUGCACGGCUCAGGUGCUGGAGGAAUCGGCGAACGCAGGGCGGUGGAUUGACCAGCAGUGGUUUCCCUUCGCCUGCAAUGUUCAACGGAUCACCCCUAGUGCUGCACGCGCAUGUUUGAAGGGAAAACGACUGCUGGUGGUGGGGGACAGCCAGCAGUGGGUGCUCUUCUCGCACCUGCUCUCCUUCCUCUCCUCCUCCAACCGCUGCCGCCUCCUCCAAGGGCUAGGCGACCGCCGCUCGUCUCUGGUUCGCCUCAGAUGUGACAAGGCGCACAUGCAGGGGCCUGUGCCGUGGGUGCCAGGGUCAGAGGGGCAGCACGUGGCAGUGCACCACACCUACUUCGCCCCCACUGUUGCCGCCACCUACUAUGGCGCAGAGGGCAACGGAUUCGCUGUUGCAAGAAUACCAGUAGAUCUGAAUGCAACCACCCCGAAUUCAGCUCUCCUCAACAAGAGGAAGCGCCGGCAGGACCAGGAUGAACCCGCUCCAAGCACUGGUGGAACAACAAGUGCCAGCAGCAGCAGGAAGUGGAGCGGAGACAGAAGUCAGGGAGGAGUGGAGAUGUACGAUUCACUCGAGAGCCGGGAUGUGCUUGAUAUGACCGCUACAGACGACGACCCUCGGGAUCUCCGAACGGCGAGCAAGAUUCGGGAGGAGGAGCAGGAGAGGGAGCGGCAGCGGGCGGCAGAUGCCGACCAGAUUGUGGCGGUGUUUGUGGCGCAUUCGAACGCGUCAGAGCCACUGUACAGGGAUUGGAUGGUGAACCACACGCGGCGCGGACCGCUGGCCAAUGAGCACGCGCCAUUUGACUUUGUGCUGGCGUCGAGUGGGCUGCAUGACCUGGCGGCGUUUGAUUCGCCAGAGGAAUACGCUGCCGCUCUUGACCGGGAGUUUGUGGCGUCGGUGCGCUUUGCUGUGAAUGGCGGCAUGGGAGGGCCGGGGUCAGCAGUGGUGUGGCUGGGGCCGUGGGCAGUGCAGCAGUCAGCCGUUGCCCCUAACCUGCUGCAUUCCAUGAACCACCCCCGCCUCUCUGCUUUCGACGCCGCUGCGCACAGCCUGAUCAAUUCAUGGAAGGUUCCUUUCAUUUCGACCAUACCCAUGACACUAUCGAGGCCGGACCUAUCAAAGGAUGGCACACAUUAUUCAUGGCCUGUGUCCAUGGCCAUGUUGGAGCUAUGGCUUUGCUCUGUAUGCCCCGUGCAGCCUACCAUAAAGGAUUGUUAG